AACUUUUAAUUUGAACUAAUGUGAUCCUCGGAUUGUUUUAAAUUUCAUCAAUUAAGUCCACUUGGCACUAUUAUGUCAAUCAUUCAUUAGUUGUCAUUAUUUGAGAGGGCAUUUUAGACUUUUCUCAUUAUCGCAUUUUAUCUCCUUCAACAGCAAGGAGACAUAGCCUCUUAGAUAUCUCUGAUGCUCAACUUCUCUAUCCCAAGCUUCGUAAAGCCCGUGUCAACCGCCAACUUUCGGUCGCCGCUGUACACCUGAAUGCACUCGCGCAAAUAUCUAGCAGAAAUCAUUUGCACGACAAUGCUCCAGAGGUCAUGGAAUGCGUCCAACGGCAUGAGGUCGAUUUCUUGGAAGCUACUCGUAGAUCAGUAGCUGUUGUUGCUCCUCUGGCUCUCCUUAAGCUCUAGCUCCUUGGUCAACGAGCUUUCUUCCUCAAAGUCAAAGCUCUUGAACUCUUGCUCUCCCAAGCUCAUCUUGUUGCUGCUAGUCUUGGGGCUGUAAGCGACUCUAGAAGAGGAAGAGCUUGACUAAAGUAGCAAUUCAUCUUCGAUUGGGCUGGUGUGAGCUAUGAGGAUGCUACAGAACUCGUCCUCAAGUCGAGCCAUGGCAAUCUGGAUUGCGUUGUUAGCCAUGCUCUAGUCAUCCGACAGUGAGGCCAACUCCAUAGAGUGUUGGAUUUCAUCGACGGCUUUAGUACAAGUCGAUCUCCUGUCUCCGCCGAAGAUCAUCUUCUCUCUAGCAUCUUUUGAUGUCGUGGAGUCCCACUAGAGAAUUAUCUGCUCAACCGAGUUAUACGCUACAACUUCGUUUUCAUAAUAAAUGAUGAAGGUGAUAUAAAAGAGAUUAUGCAACCCGUUUCACACAAAGGGUUGCCACGCCAUUAUUCAACUACUUCACCCAUUCUCAGGUCAAACGUUUGAAAUUUGCCGGAGUGUGUCUGGAUUGCUACUUUCUUGACGUUUUGUAGCUUACAUUUGGAGUUGAGUGGGUCGAACUUGUAACUUCUCAGCCUAAUUACUUAUAUUUUAGUUGCUGUUUCAAAACUCCAACAACCCUUUCUUGAGGAGAAAAAUAAAAUGGUUGAUGGUUAAGUUGAGUUGUGAUUUGUGAGUGAGAAGAGGGGCAGAGAGAUUUGGGAGAGAGAGAGAGAGAGGAGAAGAUUGAAUAAAUUUAGAUGGGAAACAUUUGUGUUCAAACUAAGAAUGGGGUAUUUCAUUCGCUGUUUUGGUGGUAUAGACCGGAAGGAGAGGUCAUGGUUACUAAGAACAAAAUAUCAAGUGGUGAUAAUACCCUUUCAGCUGCUAAAGAGAGGGAAGAUGCUGCCCUUCCAGCUCAGAAAAAGCCCCCAGAGGUGGUGAGGGUGGAGGAGAAAGAUCUUCGUAAGCCAGAUGUGAUUGUGAAGGAGGAGAAGAAAGGCGUUGAGACCACAAAACGGGAUGGUAUGUUUGAGAAAGGAAAUGCACAGCAGAUGGUAAGGCCUGGAGAACUUAUUUUGAAGACAGGAAAUGGCCCGAAACCACAUAGUGCCAAGAGAAUGCUCAGUGCUGGGCUUAAGGUUGAAUCUGUGUUGAGGACGAAAACCGGGCAUUUGAAAGAAUUUUAUAAUUUGGGAGAGAAAAUUGGAAAUGGCCAGUUCGGGACCACAUUUCUCUGCACUGAGAAAACAACAGGGAAGGAAUACGCUUGUAAAUCUAUUGCGAAAAGGAAAUUGUUUACUCUGGAAGAUGUGGAUGACGUGAGGAGAGAAAUCGAAAUCAUGCAUCGCUUGUCCGGGCAACCUAAUAUUAUUUCCAUUAAAGGCUCUUAUGAGGAUGCCGUGGCGGUUCAUGUUGUGAUGGAACUAUGCAAAGGGGGCGAGCUCUUUGAUAGGAUUGUCAAGAGGGGACAUUACUCAGAACGAAAGGCAGCUGAGCUCACUAGGACAAUAGUUGGUGUAAUCGAAGCUUGUCAUUCCUUGGGGGUCAUGCAUCGGGACCUUAAGCCAGAGAAUUUCCUCUUCGUCGAUGAAGAGGAAGAUUCACCAAUUAAGACUAUUGAUUUUGGACUAUCAACAUUCUUUAAGCCAGGGGAAACUUUCAAUGAAGUUGUUGGAAGUCCUUAUUAUGUUGCUCCCGAAGUACUGCAAAAACGUUAUAGUCAAAAGGCCGAUAUCUGGAGUGCAGGUGUAAUAGUUUACAUUCUUCUAAGCGGUGUGCCUCCAUUUUGCGGAGAAUCAGAGGAUGAAAUAUUUGAUGAGGUCUUGCAAGCUAAGAUCGAGUUCAAAUUGGACCCUUGGCCACAGAUCUCCGAUAGUGCUAAAGAUUUAGUAAGGCAAAUGCUCGUAAGAGACCCAAGAAAGCGGUUAACUGCUCAUGAAGUUCUCUGUCAUCCUUGGGUGCAAAUUAAUGGUGUGGCUCCUGAUAAUCCUCUUGGUUCGACGGUUUUAACUCGCUUAACACAGUUUUCUGCAAUGAACAAGCUUAAGAAAAUGGCUCUCAGAGUUAUUGCAGAAAAUAUUCCGGAAGAGGAAAUUGGAGGUUUAAAAGAAAUGUUUAGAACAAUAGACACAAAUGACAGUGGCGAUAUAACAUUUGAAGAACUGAAGGCUGGGCUGAAGAGAUCUGGUGCUGAUCUUAAUGAGUCUCAGAUACAGGACUUGAUGAAGUCUACGGACGUAAGCAAUAGUGGCAGUAUCGACUACGUGGAGUUUGUAGCAGCAAUGUUGAACUCGAACAAGAUAGACUUGGAAGAUCAUUUGUACACAGCUUUUUCAUACUUUGACAAAGAUGGGAGUGGGUACAUUACAGCAGACGAGAUUCAGAGGGCAUGUGAUGACUUCGGUUUACAAGAUGUCCACUUGGAAGAAAUGAUUCGGGAGGCUGAUCAGAACGAUGAUGGGCUGAUUGAUUACAACGAGUUUGUGGCGAUGAUGCGUGGAAAGAAGCAAUUGCCGGAUAAUUUCAACAUCGCCACCGGCUAUCGGCCGGAGGCAAUGGAGGUUUGCUGACAUCCUUUCUUCUUCUCUCUGCAAAUCUUCCCAUGAUCUUGGAAUGUAUAUACAUAGAUUUAGUAAUGUGUGUGUCACGUUAAAAGAAAAGAAAAAAAAUGUUAGAUUAGGUCUUUUCCGAGUAAGAAUUAAACUUUAUUAACGUGACUUGAGUCAAAUCCGAAUUAAUUUUAUAGUAGUAGUGAUAUUGGAUUCUUGCUUUGUGUAAGGAAAAAAAAAGGUGUUGUAGGUAUAGACAUUAGCUAAUACCAGCAGCUUGGUAGAAACAUAUUUCGCUUA